CGCGAGGUAAAGCGCACUCCGGGAGAAAGCGACCCGCUGACACUGCCACUGGGUGUGCUUCAUUAUUUUUUGUGCAUUUUUCGACCGAUUCGAAUCUCCAUCAGCUACUUAACAAAUCUACCGGCAGAAGGAGGAUUGCGACUUGUUGAGCAACUGUCAAACCUUCGCUGCGAGAUUUGAGUGUCGCAGUAGUAAAAAUGGGGCAUCCAAUGGAUGAUUUCUGCGGUUCUAAAUUUUGGGACUUAAACCUUACGUGGUACACGGAUGAUCCGGACCUGACGCCAUGCUUCCAGCAGACCGUUCUAGUGUGGACACCAUGCGCAUUCCUGUGGGUGUUUUCGAUACUGGAGUUGUACUACUUGCGAAAAAGCCUAAACAAGGAUGUGCCAUGGAGUUUUGUGAAUAUGUCCAAGCUUUCCCUCACCGGCUUGCUGGUCGUUUUGACUGUUGUGGAUCUUGUGAAGGCCCUCACGACUGAUGAAUCCCAUGGAUCCAACUACCCGGUGUACUACUACACACCGGCGAUAAAAAUAGCUACUUUUAUAUUUGCGAGCGCUCUAGUGUAUCUUAAUAAGCUCUAUGGCAUGCGCACAUCCGGAUUGUUGUUCUUGUUCUGGCUUCUGUUGGCCAUCUGCAGCAUACCGAGAGUGCGCACAGAAAUACGUCAGCACGAUGCACGCGAAAAUCCUAACGCGUGGGAAGAAUAUCAGUUUAUUAGUUUCAUGAUUUUCUUUGCAAUCACGUGCCUUCUGUUCCUGUUAAACUUUUUCGUCGACAAGGCUCCGCGAGUUUCGAAGUAUGAAAUAACCAAGAAGGACUGCCCCGAGCUGGCCGCCAGCUUCCCAUCGCGAAUCUUCUUCGGUUGGUUCGAUCGUCUUGCAUGGGUUGGCUUCCGGAAGCCGCUCGAGGUGGAAGACCUGUGGAACAUGCGCCCCGAGGACUCGUCCAAGGAAGUUUCGCCGGCUUUUCUCGCCAACUGGAACAAAACACUGGAAAAAACUUAUCAAGCACGCGACACGAGCAACGAUGUGACGUUCAAGAAGCUCGGUGCAAACUCGGCCCGAGUGGAUUUCCGUACGACUAAGGCCAAAUCUAUCGCUUCGAUUUUGCCGGCUUUGAUUAAAACUUUUGGAGGCACCUUCCUAUUCGGAUCGUUCCUGAAGCUCGGUCAAGAUUUGCUAACGUUCGCCUCGCCGCAGAUACUGAAGCUGAUCAUCGGAUUCGUAGGAAGCGAUGAGCCAAUGUGGAAGGGUCUACUCUACGCCAUCACGCUAUUCGUCGUGGCCGGAACGCAGACUUUGUUGCUGGGACAGUACUUCAAUCGUAUGUUCUUCGUCGGUCUGCGCAUUCGUACCGCACUGAUUAGUGCCAUCUACAGAAAGGCGCUGAUUAUUUCCAACAGUGCCCGCAAAGGAUCGACCGUGGGUGAGAUUGUGAAUCUGAUGGCCGUCGACGCUCAACGCUUUAUGGAUCUGACCACGUACAUUAACAUGCUGUGGAGUGCACCGCUGCAGAUUGCUCUUGCCCUGUACUUCCUGUGGCAACUGUUGGGCCCUUCGGUGUUGGCUGGACUGGCGGUGAUGAUCAUUCUCAUUCCCGUGAACGGAGUGAUCGCGAACAUGAUGAAAACGCUCCAGAUCAAACAAAUGAAAAAUAAGGACGAACGAGUGAAGCUUAUGAACGAGGUGCUCAGUGGAAUUAAAGUACUGAAACUUUAUGCCUGGGAGCCUAGUUUUGAACAGCAGAUUCUUAAAAUUCGUGAUAAAGAAGUCAAAGUACUUAAGCAAGCCGCUUAUCUUAAUGCUGGAACAUCAUUCAUCUGGUCCUGUGCUCCGUUCUUGGUGUCGUUAGUCACUUUUGCCACCUACGUGCUGGUGGAUGAGAAAAACGUACUGAAUGCAAGCACCGCUUUCGUUUCACUAUCGCUUUUCAACAUUCUACGAUUUCCUCUGUCAAUGUUGCCCAUGCUCAUCUCUAAUAUGGUGCAAACGAGUGUUUCUGUGAAACGUAUUAACAAAUUCCUGAAUCAGGAAGAACUUGAUCCGGACAACGUACAGCAUGACGAAAAGGAAUCUUCUCCCCUGUUGAUCGAGAAUGGAGUGUUCUCGUGGGGCGGCGAAGAAACCACGCUCAAGAAUAUCAACGUGCGCGUCGAGAAGAAUCAGAUUGUGGCCGUGGUAGGAACCGUCGGUUCGGGCAAGAGCUCCCUGCUGUCGGCGUUCCUCGGUGAGAUGGAUCGAAUUUCCGGACGCGUAAACACACUCGGACGUAUCGCGUACGUGAGCCAGCAGGCAUGGAUCCAGAAUGCCACCCUGAAGGAUAACAUCCUGUUCGGCAAACCGAUGGACCAGCGUAGGUAUAACCGUGUCAUCGAAGCCUGCGCCCUGAAGCCGGAUAUCGAGAUGCUGCCCGGUGGCGAUAUGACAGAGAUCGGUGAGAAGGGUAUUAAUCUGUCCGGUGGUCAGAAGCAACGCGUUUCGCUGGCUCGGGCCGUGUACAACGAUGCGGAUGUGUACUUCCUGGAUGACCCACUCAGCGCGGUCGAUUCGCACGUUGGCAAACACAUCUUUGAGCAGGUUAUCGGCUCGAACGGCGGUCUGUUGGCGAACAAGACGCGCGUGCUAGUGACCCACGGUAUCACCUACCUGCCGAACACGGACAAGAUCUUCGUGCUGCGCGAGGGCGAGAUCUCGGAGAGUGGCACCUACCAGGAGUUGAUGGAUCGAAAGGGUGCGUUUGCCGAAUUCCUCAUCCAGCACCUGCAGGAGGUGAACGAGGAAGAGGAGGACCUGUCCGAGAUCAAACAACAGCUGGAAAACAGUGUUGGUGGUGAGGAACUACUUAAUCAACUCAAGCGCACCAACAGCAGACGAUCACGCAGCGAAAGCACCUCCGAAACGGGUUCCAUUAAGGACAUCUCACGUCAGAACUCCACCACGGACAGUAGCUCAAGUUUGCGUCGCCGAACUUCGGAAAAGGCCCCGGAUGUACCAAAAACGAAACUCAUCGAAACGGAAAAGUCCGAAACAGGAAGCGUAAAAUGGGAUGUGUACAAGCAUUACCUCAAAAGCAUCGGGCUUACGCUGUCGGUCGCGACGGUGAUACUGAACAUGAUAUUCCAGGGAUUCUCGAUCGGCUCAAACCUAUGGUUGUCGCGUUGGUCCACGGAUGAUUCGGCUGAGAAUGAUACCAGCGUUCGGGACAUGUAUCUCGGCGUGUACGGUGCAUUCGGUGCUGGUCAAGUGAUGGCCAGUUUCGCCUGUUCGCUAUCGUUUGCGCUGGGUGCGCUGGUCGCAGCCAGGGAGAUGCACGUGCUGCUGCUACGGUACGUCCUGCGCUGGCCAAUGGAGAUGUUCGACACGACCCCGCUCGGGCGAGUGUUGAACCGUUUCUCGAAGGAUGUCGACGUGCUCGACAACACGCUGCCGCAGGUUCUGCGCUCCUGCCUGAUGAUGUUGUUCGGGGUGGUCGCCACGUUAGUAGUGAUCUGCAUUUCGACGCCGGUCUUUGCGGCCGUGAUCGUCCCGAUCGGAAUUCUGUACUACGCGGUGCAGCGCUUCUACGUUGCCACAUCCCGGCAGUUGAAACGAUUGGAGUCGGUGUCCCGUUCGCCCAUCUAUUCGCACUUUGGCGAAACCAUCCAGGGCGUGCAGACGAUUCGGGCGUACAACGUGCAGGAAAGAUUCAUCAUGGAAUCCGAUGAACGCGUCGAUUCGAACCAGAUCUGCUACUGUCCGAGCAUUAUUGCCAAUCGUUGGCUUGCCGUGCGGCUUGAGAUGGUCGGUAACAUGAUCAUCCUGUUUGCUGCCCUGUUCGCCGUGCUCGGGCGCGAAUCGAUGAACCCUGGACUGGUUGGGUUGUCCGUGUCGUACGCGCUGCAGAUCACACAAACGCUCAACUGGCUCGUGCGCAUGACGUCCGACGUGGAGACGAACAUUGUUGCGGUCGAGCGCAUCAAGGAGUACGGUGAGACGAAGCAGGAAGCUGCCUGGGAAUUGCCAAACAGUACGCUGCCCCGCGACUGGCCCGAACAUGGACAGGUGGAGUUCCGCGACUUUCAGGUGCGCUACCGUGAGGGUCUCGACUUGGUGCUGCGUGGCAUUUCGUUCACCGUGAAUGGUGGCGAGAAGGUGGGCAUCGUGGGACGUACCGGCGCGGGCAAAUCCAGCCUGACGCUUGCGUUGUUCCGCAUCAUCGAGUCGGCCGGAGGGUCGAUCAGCAUCGAUGGGCAUGACAUCUCCAAGCUCGGGUUGCACGCACUCCGCUCGCGGUUGACGAUCAUUCCGCAGGAUCCGGUGCUGUUCUCGGGCACGCUUCGCAUCAAUCUCGACCCGUUCAACGCACACUCGGACGACGACAUCUGGAAGGCACUGGAGCAUGCUCAUUUGAAGGCGUUCGUGAAAGGUCUAACGGCAGGCAUCAACCAUGAGGUAACCGAAGGUGGAGAGAAUCUUUCUGUCGGCCAACGGCAACUGAUCUGCCUUGCCCGUGCUCUCCUGCGUAAGACGAAGGUACUCAUCUUGGACGAAGCCACCGCCGCGGUUGAUCUGGAAACUGACGAUCUAAUUCAGGCUACGAUUCGCAAGGAAUUCAGCGACUGCACGGUGCUAACGAUCGCCCACCGACUUAACACGAUCAUGGACUCCGACAAGGUGAUCGUGCUCGACAAGGGUCAGAUCGUGGAGUUUGCCGCACCGGGCGAGCUGCUGCAGUCGAAAACGUCCGCCUUCUACAGCAUGGCGAAGGACGCCGGAUUGGUGUAAUUAUUAUUGCUAUGCUGUUUCUCGCUUAUAUCUCGCUACCCUAACCGCCAGUAUCAUAUUUUGAGUUUGUUUUCUCGUUCUCUUUGUUUUAAUGUGUUCCCCUCUUCGUUCUUCGUAAUGCUCAUGUAACGUGAUGUGACGACAAUUCGUUCAUAAGAGGUCUUAAGCUCGCUCCGUUGAGCUUUAACUGGGGACGUUUAAGUUAACUUUUCUUCCUGCCUUUUCCCUUUGGUUUUGUUUAUUAUCUUAGUUUAAUCGUUACGCAACAGCACCAAGAGCGGCUAAAUCAACCCUCUGCAUGAUGGUGCUCCUUUUUCUUUUGAUAAUUAUCCUCGUGUUGUUUGACGUGUGUUUUUUCUUAAUUUUUAUCCGGCACAUUUGCUCGCCUGCCAUGGAGAGGUUCACGCUAGCGAUAUUCAGUCUUUUGAAUAUACAACUCUCACUGCAUGAAACAGUUUCCUGCCUAGAAGUAAGGGCAAUUUUUCAUUUACUUAAUAUCAUCUAGUAAACACGUUUACUUAUAUGGGUUAACUCUAAGCCUUCUUCGAUACUUACGACAUCUAUGUUGAGUCGAUCAAUUCCUUUAAAAUUAACAAACAAAAAUCACCACAUGGUCAUGUCUCAUGUACUUACAAAUUGUAAAAGGUUAAUUAAAGAACUCGCAGUAUUUCCGAUACAGGUUUAAAUACAUACACUCCUUAUACACACAUCACAAGCAUAGAAGAGACGGUUCUUCUGCGUAAAAGAUAUAUUCAAGAGUAUACUUUUAGCGUAAAUGGCGAAUAAAACUUAAUGAGCAACUGUAUCUGGCACGUCUGGCUCAA